GCCGGCUCCGCAUAGAGGAUCUGUGUUCCGGUCGGAAGCAGCGUGUCGACGGCUCCGCUGAACUCUCGUCAGACGGCGGGGCCUCAUGGACAGGACGGCCGUGGUGAAGGUCGGGGCCGCGGCCAGCGCCAGCGUCUGCGCGCUGCUCGGCGGCGUGGUUCUGGCCCAGUACAUCGUGGCCAAGAAGAAGCGAGCGGGGAAGAAAACGCGGAUCAUAGAGAUGAUGCCUCAGUUUGAGAAGACGACGGUGCACAUGAGGGACCCCGAGAGGGUGGAGCAGAUCAUCUGUGGCCUCAUCAAAGGAGGAGCCUCCAAACUACAGAUCAUCACAGACUUCGACAUGACGUUAAGCAAGUUCGCCGUCAACGGCAAACGCUGUCCGACGUGCCACAAUAUCAUCGAUAACUGCAAGCUGGUGACGGAGGACUGCAGGACGAAGCUGCUGCAGCUGAAGAACAAAUAUUACCCCAUCGAGAUCGACCCUCACCUCACCAUGGAGGAGAAGUACCCGUUCAUGGUGGAGUGGUAUUUCAAGUCUCACACGUUACUGGUGGAGCAGCGGUUGGAGAAAGACAAACUGGCCGAGGUGGUGAGAGAGUCUGACGCUGCACUCAGGGAGGGCUAUGAGCAGUUCUUCGACCGCCUGCAGCAGCACGACGUCCCCGUCUUCAUCUUCUCCGCCGGUCUUGGCGACGUCCUGGAGGAGAUCAUCCGCCAGGCCGGAGUCUACCACCCCAACGUCAAGGUCGUCUCCAACUUCAUGGACUUCGACGAAAACGGCGUCCUGAAGGGUUUCAAAGGCGAGCUGAUCCACGUGUACAACAAGCGCGACGGCGCCCUGCGGAACACCGAGUACUUCAAACAGGUGAAGGAGUACUCCAACAUCAUCCUCAUGGGCGACUCUCUGGGGGACCUCAGCAUGGCCGACGGGGCGCCCAACGUGGAGAACAUCCUCAAGAUCGGCUUCCUCAACGACAAGGUGGAAGAGCUGCUCGACAAAUACAUGGACUCUUACGACAUCGUCCUGGUGAAGGACGAGACUCUGGAAGUGCCCAACGCCAUCCUCCAGAAGGUUCUAUAACUCCACCCGCAGCCUUGGGCCCGUCAGACCUUGGGCCCCCCUCCCCCCACCUCCACUUUUUAAAAGACGUUUUACAUCCCCUGAACUGUUUUAAACGUCCACACAGAAGCUUCAGUCCGUCUCUGGUGUGUUUUGAAUUGUUUCUGACGUUCUCUCUAAGUCGUUUUAUGACGCAAAGAAUAACCAAAAGUGAGAUAAACCCCAAAACACACACACACACACACACAAACACACACACACACACACACACACACACACACACACACACACACAAACUCUUACUCCAUCUUUUAUAAUUUGCACAUUAUUGUUACAAUUGUAGGAUUAUUUUUGGACUUUGGGGAUAAUUGUUCACCAGAAAAGCAGACGUCCACUGUUUUCUUUGAGCUGUCUCAACAUCUGUCAUAAAACAUGCGUCUGCAGAACAUUAGAGCUUUAGGAAGUAUUAGAGUGCAUAAACGACCUUGGAAAAUGUAUUUCCUAGUAGAAAAUGAACUGUGUUGCUUAGUGACAGCAUAAUGAUAAAAGACACAGUAUUUGUUUUAGGAGGGGGGGGGAAGGAUUCAGAUUGUCAAAAUGCACUUUAAGUUCUCUUGUACGGGGUAAAUCAGCCUGCACUUGAAUGUAACAUUGCAGUCAUUUUGAUUUUUAGGAUGUAGGAACACGUUCUUGCACUGAAGAGCCAUGUUUACGAAGCUUUAUUUAGACCCUAAUGUUCUUUUUUUUGAAAACACACAGAAGAAAAAGCAGCUCUUUGCUCUUAGAAACAUUCAUGGCAUUUUUAAAUUUGUGUACUUUGCAAAACUGACUCAACAAUCAGCUGUUCUCUGUGCCAGUGUUUCAGGUUGAAGAGGUAUAAAGUGAUUCUAGAGAUGACCUCUAGUGGUCAUUAGCAAGAACUACAACAGUAACCAAAGUAAGAGGUGCUGCAAAUAUUACAAUAUAUCUAGAAGUAUAUAUAUAUAUAUAAGUAUUGUUAAAUGGUAUGGUCUCAUUAAAACCCAGCAAUAGACCUAUUUAAUUUAAUCAACUUCUCGUUCUGUGGUUUAAAUGUGGGCUCUACCUCUAACAGUCUCUUCUAUGUUGUUCUUUGGGGGAGGUUCAAAGGUAAAGUGUCUCUCUGUUGUGUUCUUUGUGUUUUAAAUGUGCUGCUAUCACCUGCAUGUUGCCUUUUCUCAUCGUUGGGUUAAUGUAAAAGAACCGGGAGACUAAAAUACAUAAAUAUAUAUAUAUAUAAAUAUAGUAUAUCAAUAAAACGGGGUAUAAUGUCAUGCUGUAUAUGUGGCCGUUAUAUGGAAAUGUAUUAUAUUGUUUUAUUGCAUUUUGGAGGGAUCUCCAAAAGCAUAGACGGGGUGUGUUGUAUUUUUAUAAGCAGAUGGCUUUCUCUCUCUUUUUUUUUCUUUGAUGGUGUGUGAUUUGAAAAUACAAUAAAAUGUCUUUUUGUGAACGCAGACUGGACAGAAAUCUGAAAAGCCCUGAAAGCUCUUUGACGGUGUUUUAAGGUGCAGUUAAAUGUAGAAACUUACAAUUUGCAAGUUGCAAUCCUCUAGAACAGGACUAUUAAAUGUCGAAAAGGAUUUACACGAUAUCAUUACUUUUAUUUAUCAGGUGUUUCAUCCACUUAAUUCACCGAAAACAUAGAUUCCCUUCAGCUUAUUUAUUCUUAAUGUUGUAUUUAACAGUUUCUCAAAUCUACGUC